AUGAAGAUAUUCUUGUUUCUGCUCACUUUCCCAUUGCUAGCUAGUGCUAGCUCUAAUAAUACAGUGAUCAUAGGCAUGAAGUUGGAGAACAGCACCAAGCCAGGGGCUGCCAACUUAGAAAAUGACAUCGUUCAAGUGGUAGAAGGAAGCAGAAUCCAUCUUCGAAUCUAUGGGCGAGGUAUCAAUGAGUUCAUCUGGCAGUCUGUCUAUUUUGGGGAGAUGCUGGCCUCAGAAACAACCGCUGGCGUUCCUCACAAAGACACCUGCUGGGAAAAGACCAGUGACUUGCGGGUGCUUCCAUAUGCUUUAAAGGUAUGAGGAAGAACUGCAGUGCUGCCUGUGAUUGUCCAGACUCUGCGAAAGGAAAUCCACCACAAGGACUAUGUGCUGUGCGUUGCGGACAAUCCUGAGCAGCCACAGCAUCAACAUGGGGACCACGAUUUGUUCCUCCGUGUAGUGAAGGAAGAGAAAUUGGGCCUUCCUCUCGAACUUCGUAUUAUUUUACUCAUGAUAUGUCUGGGACUCUCAGGCAUCUUCAGCGGCCUCAGCGUAGGCCUGAUGUCUCUGAAUCCCCAUGAACUGCGCAUUUUGCAGAACGCUGGCACGGACAAGGAGAAGAGAUACGCUUCCAGAAUUCUGCCCCUCCGCGAGAAGGGCAAUUACCUGCUGUGCUCUUUGCUGAUCGCUAAUGUCUUAGUCAACAACUGUUUCUCCAUAUCGUUUGACUUUCUGGUUGGAGCCAGCAUGGUGGCUAUUGGCAUCUCAACUUUUGCCAUCGUCCUGUGGGGGGGGAUCAUCCCACAGGCUCUCUGCUGCCGCCAUGGCUUGGCCAUGAGCGCGAAGACCACCUUCAUUACCCGGCUUGUCAUGUGGCUGACAUACCCAGUCUCUUAUCCUCUCAGUAAAAUCUUGGACCGCAUAUUUGGUAAAGAAAUAGGCACUGCCUACACCCGAGAGAAAUUGCUGGAUAUGUUGAGGGUGACUCAGCCCUCCACAGGCCUCGGUAACGAAGAGCUGAACAUCAUCAAAGGAGCUCUGGAGCUGAGCACGAAGACGGUGGAAGAUGUCAUGACCCCAUUGCCGGACUGCUUCUUGAUCAACACAGAAGCCACCCUUGAUUUUGACACCAUGACAGACAUUCUGAAGAGUGGCUACACCCGUAUCCCUGUCUAUAGGGGGAAGAACAGAACUAAUAUUGUGGACAUGCUGUUCGUCAAGGAUCUUGCCUUUGUUGAUCCUGAUGACUGCACCCCGCUGAGGACAAUCACCAAGUUUCACAAGCACCCGGUGCAUUACAUUUCAAAUACCACCUCAUUAGGAGCUGCGCUUGAAGAAUUCAAAAAAGGGAAAUCUCACCUGGCCGGCCGUGCCGUUGUCCAAAAGAUGGUAGAGGAUGAGCGUCCAUGUGAAGCGUUGGGUGUGGUGACCUUGGAGGAUGUCAUUGAAGAGAUCCUCAAUUCAGAGAUCAUUGAUGAGUCAGAUAUUUACAUGGACAACCGUACUAAGAGAAAAGUCAGCAGCAGGAGGGAAUGGGAUUUUUCCGUGUUCAAGGGGAAUUACGGAGCUAAAAUCUCACCUCAGCUCCUCUUGGCCGCCCAUCGAUUCCUCUCCGCAGAGGUAAGCCCAUUUUCUCCUGAUCUCCUCUCGGAAAAAUACUUGCAGCGUCUCCUGCACCAACGGGAUGUGGUUUGUGAACUGCGAUUUAAUGAGGACCACAAGGACUCCCCCCACCAUUACCUCUAUGAAAAUUCCAAAGAGGCUGACUACUUCAUCCUCAUCUUGAAGGGGAAGGUGGAGGUGGAGGCGGAAGCUUAUAAUGACAAAAUGAAAUUUGAAAACGGCCCCUUUUCCUAUUAUGGUGCCAUGGCAUUGGGUUCACCUUUCUCAGCAGAUGUCAACUCCGCAGUUCACUCAGGCAACAGUGUUAGCCAUGACUACAUGAUGCCUGCCCACAGCAGCAGCAGCAGCACCACCCAGCAGGUUCUGCCCAGUGCCGGUCCGCGAUACGUAGCAGACUACACACUCCGCGCCCUCUCUGAUCUCCUCUACAUCAAGCAGAUCACACAGACUCAGUAUCAGGAGUGUCUGAUGGCCUCACUAGCAGAGAGCGAUACUGAUGCUAAGAAAAGCCAGGAGCCUAAGACUGCCUGCAGCACCGAGGAACCUGACCUUCCAAGUGCUGAGAAGAAGGUGAGGCCCAGGGAGGAGACCGAAGGGAGUAAUACUGCUGCUGCUUCUACGAAAAGCCAGCGGCUGAAGACUGCCUCCAACACCAAGGGAGCUGACCUUCCAAGUGCUGAGAAGAAGGUGAGGCCCAGGGAGGAGACCGAAGGGAGUAAUACUGCUGCUGCUUCUACGAAAAGCCAGCGGCUGAAGACUGCCUCCAACACCAAGGGAGCUGACCUUCCAAGUGCUGAGAAGAAGGUGAGGCCCAGGGAGGAGACCGAAGGGAGUAAUACUGCUGCUGCUUCUACGAAAAGCCAGCGGCUGAAGACUGCCUCCAACACCAAGGGAGCUGACCUUCCAAGUGCUGAGAAGAAGGUGAGGCCCAGGGAGGAGACCGAAGGGAGUAAUACUGCUGCUGCUUCUACGAAAAGCCAGCGGCUGAAGACUGCCUCCAACACCAAGGGAGCUGACCUUCCAAGUGCUGAGAAGAAGGUGAGGCCCAGGGAGGAGACCGAAGGGAGUAAUACUGCUGCUGCUUCUACGAAAAGCCAGCGGCUGAAGACUGCCUCCAACACCAAGGGAGCUGACCUUCCAAGUGCUGAGAAGAAGGUGAGGCCCAGGGAGGAGACCGAAGGGAGUAAUACUGCUGCUGCUUCUACGAAAAGCCAGCGGCUGAAGACUGCCUCCAACACCAAGGGAGCUGACCUUCCAAGUGCUGAGAAGAAGGUGAGGCCCAGGGAGGAGACCGAAGGGAGUAAUACUGCUGCUGCUUCUACGAAAAGCCAGCGGCUGAAGACUGCCUCCAACACCAAGGGAGCUGACCUUCCAAGUGCUGAGAAGAAGGUGAGGCCCAGGGAGGAGACCGAAGGGAGUAAUACUGCUGCUGCUUCUACGAAAAGCCAGCGGCUGAAGACUGCCUCCAACACCAAGGGAGCUGACCUUCCAAGUGCUGAGAAGAAGGUGAGGCCCAGGGAGGAGACCGAAGGGAGUAAUACUGCUGCUGCUUCUACGAAAAGCCAGCGGCUGAAGACUGCUUCCAGCACCGAGCAAACUGACCCCCUGAGCAGUAAUUGCAAGGAGACCGAUCUGCCCAGGGUGGACAUCUGA